AUGCAUGUUUUAGCUAGGAAGUCUAUGAUAGCAUCUAUGAAAUCAAAAGAAAAAAUAAAAAACACGAACGACGACGAAUGCAUUGGUGGUAAUACGAAAAAUUCGAUACAGUUUAGCAUCGAUGCCAUCGUUGGCGAAACCAAUCAGUCUACUACAACUACAAUAACUAAAAAACUCCGAUUAGACACAAAUGUAUCCCACAAACAAGACAACAACUCACAUUCGAACGGAUUGAACGAAACACCGAACAUAAUCGAUAAAAUCGAAACUCAAACUGUCGACGACGACGAACAUUUACCGGAAUCCCCGAAAAAGAAACCUCCGAAAUGCAAGAAUGUCGAUCUAACGAACUUUACCAUAUUAAACAUACCGAUGGUGAGUAAAAAACCGAUCGCCGCCAAACGGCAGAAAUUGAGCAAAAUCGAGCUGGCCAUAUUGCGCAAGAGGACGAAUCAAAAGAAAGAAAGGAAAACGAAGAAUCCGCGAAGGAAAAGCGAGAAAAUCACCACCGAAUACGGCGUAACGGUGUACGGCUACUCCGACGAGUCCGAAAGCGACGUUUCGUUAACGAGCUCCGACGAUGAGGGAAGCGACAACGACGUCGAUUUGAUCGUUAGAAGCGGACCGCCUCUGGAAAUGGACAUGAGCCCUGGAAAAAUGAGUUUCUUGAAAAGCUUCCAACUGACCACACACAGGAUGAAAAACUUCAUCGAAUUGCGCAAGCUGGAAAAAAGAAAGUGGGUAGAUCCGACGGUGGUGCGAGAGAUUUCAAACGAAAAACCUGUGUCUUUAAACCUUCCAGUGCCUUUGAAAUCGACCCUAACCUUAAGUAUGCUGCAGAAUUAUAAGGCCAAAAAGGCGUUUUAUCAUUUGCUCGGGUUGAAACUCGUUUCGACGGAAUGCAAGCAAGAAUUAGAAAAGAACUGGUUAGAGGUGGUGAAAGACCGUUUGAAGCGAAACUGCGAAUCGUCCGUUACGAAAUUCGCCGAGAAACUCCAAAAAAUGCCUUCUGUAGACGUGAAAUCGAACGGCCAUCUCAAGCUACCCAUUACCCAUCAGUACAAAAGUCAAAACUUCCACAUCGACAAGAAACAAGACUGCCACAAACAAACUAUCGUCAAUCAGGAAAGCGGCCCGAAUCAUCUUCCUCUCUCCGCCAUAUCGGUGGAUAAUCACAUCGCCAGGAAACCGGCCAGGCCCAAAGAAAACGUCGCCGAUGCGAAAGAAGAUUUCAAAUGGCCCGGCAUCACUGAUAUCAUCGAAGCCUACAAAAAAUUCUCGAAAGAAAGAAAUGGGCAAAUAAAUCUUGCGAAGCAACAGCAGUCGGUUCUGAUCGAAGAGAACGCCAGGAGACAGAGGGAGGUGAGGUUUUUGGAGAGGAGGCAGCGCGAAUUGUGCUCGAUCUUGUUCAGGAGAGAGAACGAAAAAAGAGAUCUGCAGAAUAGCAUCGACCAAUUAAGGAAUUGCAUCGAUCCCUUUCGGUAA